AUGAGCCUCACGGAGGGGAUGCGGUACGCGAUAGGUCCAUUCCCACCAUGCCAGGAGCUCUGUUACUUUCUUAUUGGUGAAAUAGGUAGCACCUCCCCCAGCAUAGGGUCCGUGGCAUGUGAUAUACCCCUCCCAUUUGUCUGCGAGGGGGAACUGAUUUAUGAAGAUCCACACCCCACUGUCAACGUGAGUACAUCUGCUCUCUCCCCUGAUUCCAUCACCGUAUCUUGGUCAAGACCAGCCACAGGCGACCUCACUGGGUUUCGAGUGACUCUUGACGCUGCUGCAAGUGUACAUCGGGCUGGACAAGCUAACGUCAACGCCAGUGGCACAUUGGAAGCAGUGUUUACUGGGCUCAGUGGCGGGACGCGGUAUACAGCUGCUGUAAUCACAGUCAAUGGACCGAAGGAAAGCGACUCUGUCGUAGUGUCUGCUUCAACAUUUCCAAACCAGAUCCCGUGUCUUCAGACCGUGGCCGGAGACAAAGAGAUCGCUGUGUCCUGGGUCCAACCCACCGGGGGAGUUGACGGGUACACGCUGGAGCUGAGCGGCAUGGGUAGCAGGAGUCAGCAGGAAGUCAGCGAGGCAGCAGACAUCAACGACGGAGAGGCCCUUGAGUACGAGUUCCGAGAAUUGAGGAAGGACUCUACCUACGACUUGGUGGCCUACGCUUGGGUACGGUACAACGGGAUAAAACUGUACUCUGCUACGGUUGAAUACCAAGUGACAACGACGUCUAAAAACAGUCAGGAGGAAGCCUCAGCGCCUUGUGAUCUAAUUGUAUCCACUGCUGAAGCAUAUCCCCCCGGCACCACCGAGGUUCAUACCCACGCAGACUACACCACACCUGCUACAUUCUGUCCAGAGGUUGAUUUUGACGAACCAACAACUUUUCCACGUACCACGCUCGACGCUUCAACCCCCGCAAGUACAACUUCAACAACGAUGGGUCAAUCUGGCAGAGCAAAUGGGCAACAGUCAGGUGCAACUACAUUGGCACCCUCCACAACGUCAGAACAUCCUCAAACAGUUGAGUCAACAACUGAAGGACAAAUUACCCUCUCGUUUUCAUCAACGGAAGGCAUUCAAGCAGCACCAUCAGUGAGCGCCACCAUCCCUACUCUGCCAAUCAUGCCAACUUCAGGACAAGUACAGACAGCUGGAUCAACUGACGGAGAAGCAACUUCCAAAGUGUCCACAACAAAACGUCACAUGACAUCUGCCAUGGCCUCAACCCAGCCGCCAUUGCACGCAGCAUCUCUUGUGACUUUUGAAUCAAUGCCUACAGAGGCGUCAACAGAAUCGACCACAUUUCAACAGACAACACAACAGAAAAUGUCUACCAUACUCCACUCCAACCACGUUAAACAUUCAAAAAGUGUAGGAGUCACAGUGGAUUUAUCAACAACGCCAUCCACACAAUCUAUCGUCAAUCAACAAACAGAGGAAACAAAAGCAAGCACCGUUGCUGUGCUCACGUUGCCCAUAACACCCCAUUUUGCAAUUGAAACAACCACAAAAAUAUCCAGCCCAGAAAGUGACAUGCAAAAAGUAACACCAGUCGUGGAGUCGCUGGAAUCAACCGCCGACGCACAUACUGCAUCGGAAACAAUCAGCACAGCUCAUGUAUCGUUGGAACCUCAAAUGGUUUUACCAAUUUUUGCAUUCCGUACCUCAUCUCAAACUACUAGAACCACGACAGACAUAGUUUCCACCGAGAGUUACAACUCCCUUGAUCCUUCAUCUUCAGCAGAACACAUUUCUGCAUCCGAACUCUCCGUCACAUCCUCUUCCUCAAUGCUGCCCACAAGUACGAGCGUUGAGUCAUCAACAGAAUUCGUCGAUGACGGCCUUUCCUUGGCACUACCUACAGGAUUAUCGACGCCUAAUCCCACUUCUGCAGCCAAUCGUAGGCCCGAUCGUCCGCCUGGUCUUGAUUUACCGACUGUAAAACUAACUAAUCAACCGUUCAAACUCACAACUGCUGUAGACAUUAUAACAGAACCAUUUAAAAGCACAGGUGAUGACGAAGGGAUAAGCACUACAGUGAUGUACGACGUCCAAAACUGGACUAAAAUAUCAAUUUUCGAUUUGCAAAGAUGUCUUGUGUCUACUUCAUCGUCAGGGACCAAAGGUCAUAAUUCAAUGUUUACAACGAGAAAUGGCGACACAGUAACCGAACUCAUUGUCUCUAUUUUGGAGGUCUUCCUGAAUAAGUCUAAAGCCAUAACCCCAUUAACUGACAUUACCGCCCUCUUGGAUUGCGUCUACGAUAUGGAUGUGUCCCUGACCAUGCAGAAGUUACCGUGGCCAAGUAUUAUCGAAGCACUACUGGAAACUGCGGUGCAAAGUCUUUUGCCAACCUUUGAAGCGACUACCACAAUUCGGAUCAACAAUCAUCGGCUAGCUGGUGGCACAGAAAUAGAAGUUGUGUUCACAAGCUCAGAGAACGGUAGCUGUGCUGGUUAUCAGACCAACAGAACACAUCUGGCCAAACCGUCUGUACAUUUACCGGCUUCUGUCAUCGACAACAAUGGAAAGCAAUGCCGCUCUCUGCUUGUGUUCAACAUGGAGAGUUUGCACAGCAUCAUGCCACCUGAAAAUUGCGUCGAUAACAGUGCGUUCAUUUGCGAGGAGCUAUCGACGCCAUUCCCGCUUAUAACUGUGGCACUUAUUCCUCCAACAUCGCUCCCCUUCGCGGAAUCCAUGAAUAUCGAAUUCUUUCUGCCAGUAACUAAAUUUACUCCAGUGUGCGUCUGGGCAGAAGCCAUCAGUAGAGAUGGGCAGCCAGGAAGUUACUCGUGGAAUACCAGUGGCUGUGACACACUCAUUGACACAAAGACAUUCUCCAUAAUUUGUCGGUGCUCCCAUCUUACGAGCUUCACUGUCGUGAUGAAGGUGACCGACUUUGAGAAUGAUGAAAAACAUGAGAGGGCACUUCAUCUAAUCACCAUGGCUGGGUGUAUUGUGAGCAUCCUGUCUGCUUGUCUGACAAUCAUGAUCUACCUUUGUUUGAGAAUCCUGAAGGAAGAGAAAGUGAUUCAUGUCCAAUUGCUCCUUGCGAUCGCCGUAGCACAGCUCAUAUUUCUCUUUGGUAUUGACCAAACUGAAAACCAGGUAUUGUGCACCAUCAUAGCCGUUUCUCUCUUCUACUUUAUGAGUUCCACCUUCACCUGGAUGUUAAUGGAGGUUACCAAUCUUUACAUGAACGUGGUCAAAGUAUUUACUUCUGGGACAAACAUGAAAGUUUACUUCCUGGCAGGAUGGGGCUUACCUUUGAUUCAAGUUUCAGUUUCGUAUGGCGUGUCUGCAAGCAAGCUGCUCAGCACUCAAUAUUGUUGGCUAUCGGUACAAAGUGGCGUUAUUUGGGCAUUCGUGGGACCGGCUCUGAUCAUCGUUGCGAUCAAUACGGUGAUGUUGGUGGCCGUUUUAUGGGAGAUCAGUCGGAUUCUUAAACGCGAUAUCACCAAUUUGAAGGCAGGGAAAUUCAGGACAUUGGCCAAGGCGCUGUUGGUCUUCACUCCUAUGGUCGGUCUACCAUGGUUGUUCGGCCUUCUUGCUUUCAACACCCAUCUUAUCGUCUUUGAUUACAUCUUCACUGUACUUAACAGUUUCCAGGGUUUGGUGCUUUUUUCAAUCUUCAUUCUUGGCAACAGAGAGGUGCGAGGAAAAAUCCGCGGUCGGGUAGCCGAUGCCUACAGUACAAGUGCCGGCACAAGGACUAUGCAUGGCGUCGGCCGUGGAACUAGAGCUGGCGGCAUGCAGCUGACAUCACAUGGGGCGACGCCGCGCAUGCUCACGAUCUCAAACACAACUCCCUCUCAACGAUUUUAAGAGCAAAAUAUGAUGGAAAAGAGCAGUGAGUGGUAAUGACUCGAGUCAAUGACUCUACUCAAGUCCAACUCGAGUCACAAUUCCUGGCGAUCCGAGUUCCAACGGGCGACUCAGUCGUAAUGAUCAAAUAACUCGACUCGAGCCCCCGCCCCCCGCCAUCAAAAGACUGGACUCGAAUGAAAGCUUAUACGACUCGAGUCCUGGUAAAGAAAACAGCUCUGCGAAAAGCAUGUUCAAUAAUUUACGGUGCCAAUUUAUCGUUAUCGUGUCAUGUCGCGAAUUCAUGUACGGUAUUCUAAAUGCUUUCUUUAAAGAGUGGCCGUGGACUUCUCUUGUCCUCCCUCCAUGGUACAACAAACAUACAUCAUGUCAUGGACUCCCACCUUGUGGUUGUGUAGCAUGUAAUGCCAACCCGGAACCAGACUUAAAUAUCCAUUUUUCAAUUUGUGGUUUCAUUAUUGCCUUAGCGAUAUCUCAUUAAGUGGGGCUGUCGUUGGGACACCUGGUAAGUUUAUGCCUUGAUUAAAAAAAAUACGUUUCGAUUUUAAAACACAAAUAGCCGAAAGCCCACAUUUACAUAAAUUAUUUUGUUUGGACUCAUCUUUUGCCUCCUUCAUUGGAUAACAUUUACUGGAACCCUUUUUAUUUUUAGGAAUAAAAGCAGCUAAUAAAACCUAUGUGAUUUAAACAAGGCCCAAAGUAGCUUUUUCUAUUGUGUAUAUUUUGUUGUAUUGUUAAAUUACUUGUGACUCGACCUGAGCUAAUCAUUUGACUCGACUGCACACUGUGACUCGACUCAACCUGUUUACCUAAUGACUUGACUCGAGUCACUACAUGAAAAUGACUCUACUUGACUCACAACUCUGAGAGAACACCAUCUCUAAAACCAGUGCAAGCUGCACCCUUGCGGUUUUCCUGACAGUCAUCGUGAGAAUGUGUGCAGGCGUGGCAUAAAGUAGCCUACAUAGUGUGGACCUCUGCACAAAAGAAGUCGAAA